UUUCGCCUCAUUGCUCCUUCGAACGCAUCGCCGAAUCAUUGAUUUAUCACCAUCUCCUAAUAAAGACUACACAGUAAUGCUCGUGGUGUUUCGGGGGCAUGAUAGAGCGAGCGACAUCAUGUCUCAACGCCGGAGUUCGACAGCCCGAAUCUCGUCGAUGCGUCCAACGAGCUCUCGGUAGCAAGCGCAUGCUGCAUUCGACUUUCUGGCACCACCAUGGCGCGAACCACUUCGAAUUACCGCCUUUCGCACUCGCAGAAAAAAGCCCGGUGUCCAGCCCAAGUUCGAACACUCCCUACUCACAGCGAAGGGGUAAAUCGCGAGCUCAAUCAUUCAUCACGUGCCCAAAUACUGAACCGGGACUCUUUUUGGAAUUCCUGUAUCCCCCUCAAGCACUUGCAUAUCUGAAUCGCGUCCACUCAUCGACAAGUCCCGUCGGACCAACGCGUGACCGAUGGGAUCAUCGAGGUGUCCGUCGGCCCCAUGAGGGUCGCCUGCAAGCUGCGAGGGGCUAUGCAUCCAAGACUUCCCCAUCAAAAGAGAGAAUCGUGGAUGAGAAUGGAGAGAAAGAGAAAGACCGUAAUGUUGUGGACGAGAACAAGCGAGAGCAGGACGCAUUCUUCCAAAAGUCAAAGAAGGACAUCGAAGAUAGCCGCGAACGUGAUUUGUUGCAGGAAAUGCCGGAUGGAAUUGGUGACGCGGAUGACCCGGGAGAUGCGUUUCCGGGAACCGAGUUGGAUUCCUUCCUAGAGUCGAAGCAGAAACAGGCGCAAGUCUCGACGACGGAGGUGUCGCAAGAUAGAGAGGCCUUAAGAGACGAGGCUAGUAUUGGGAGCGCAGAAGGAGAGGAGGAGGAUGCGUUUGCCGGCAUAGAUUUUGAUUCUCUUCCGUCGUCGAGAGGGAAAAAAGACAAGAAAAAGAAAGAGAAAAAGAACGUUCGCAGGAGAGGGCAGGGGUGGACAGAGCAGCCAAUAAGUAUGACUGAGGCACUCGCCAACGACAUGCGCGACUUUGAUACAGGUCGAACGGAAGCAGAAGGUGCUGGAGAAUCUCCGCUUGCGGCCGAGGAACCGGAAAUGAUACUCAAGACUCCGAUCGAAAUUGACGAUCAGACAACGUGGCCAGGGGAAGAUGUCGCCACCAUGAGAGACCUUCGGCGCAUUGUUUCUCGCAAGCCUGGAUUGAGAUUGGCCGAAGACGAUGUCCUGCCAGAAGGAAACGCUCUCGAAGCAGCCAUGGGAGUAUACAACAGGUUGCAGUCCCCAGCAAAGCCCUCUCCGACCGUGUCGUUAUUGACCGACGCACUUCUCAAUUGGUUGAAAGAACACAAACGGACUGAGGCUGAUGCUCACUUCAUAUCCGUCUGGAAUAGUGCCCCGACGACUGAGCGAAGUCAUAAAACAUUCGAGAACGCUCUAGUGGUAUUUAGAAGACAGGAGCAACCUCUGAGGCCCUUGCAUGAUGCGAUGUUUGAAGCAUUCCCUGUCAAGCCGCAACUGCACUCGGAAGCUUUCAGACUGGCAUUUGAAGACAAUGACUGGGAUUUGGCCUUCCAUAUCCACACUGAGGCCUUGGCACUUGGUCCUCCCGCUGAUAACGAAAAGCUGCAAGGUCAGUUGUUCCACUGCCUCGGAGGAAGCUUGACCGACGAAGACAGGAAUAAGAUUCUGAGUGUCAAGGAAUGGGUUCGAAACUCAGGUGUCUCAAGUGUGGAUGCUGAGAUGCAGAAUACUCAGAAUGAAAACCAUCAAGACCUUGACGGCGAACGAAAGUCAUUCGCAAGCUCGCUGUGUCAGUUCGUUGCAACAGAAGUAAGCAUACGACUAUUGAGUAAAGGCUUCUAUCUCAAGGCGGACGAUCCUCAGCUUGAUAAAAAAACCAGUUCUUAUCGUGGGCGACGAACGGCGUAUUAUUGGCAGGAUCAGCGCAUCAUUGCAGCCAAGAAAUUCGUGACCGAUUUGCUUGAUUACAUCUUCUCUGUCAGUCCUGCCGUCGUGGGAACUUCGUUUGCCGAAAGGACAAUGGCAAGCCUGCUUUCUCUCUCAGAGAAGAGAGACGACCCUGAGGUAUAUGAGAUCUUGGCCAAGUUCUACCUGUCAUAUCGGAAAUCGCCUACAGCACACCCCCCCGAGAGUCUCCUAUACCCUCUUCUGGGCCGCUCGAUUCGAUGGGAAAAAAGCUCCGCUCGGAGUGAAGACAAUCAUCUGCCUCUGGCCAUCGUCAUCGACGAUUGGCUACGCUUCCACACGAAAUUCUCUCGUGAAGCCUUCAAAGCGAUCAUCAGGCAUUACGCAGAGAUGGAAAAGCCUGACUUGGUCAACGAGUAUUUCAAUGCUUUCAUGCGGGAAUAUCCUCACAUAUCGUCUUGGGGACCAUCGAUGUGGCUUCUCGUGCAGCCGUAUGUUCGAUCCGGCAAUGUGACGCGCGCGGAGGAGGCCUUCCAGCGGCUCGUACAUCUAGCUCAGCCAUUCAAUUCUACGCCAAAUCGGUUCUGCUGGACAGCUCUGAUUCAUACCUAUGCCCGCGCAGACGACAUCACGAAGGCAUUCAAGGCUCUGCAGUUGAUGCAUCAAGCCUCUGAGGAAGAUCCGAAGCUCGCACCCACUGCGCAUGUAUUUCACGUUAUUUGCAACAUGCUCGCUCGGCGAGGCGACGUGGAUAACGUUCGAGCCCUGCUCAAACAACACGACGAGCUCACCGGCAUGAAGCGGACGACCCAUUUGAUCGGAAGUGAGAUUCUUGCACUACUCGAAAAUUAUCGCAUAGAAGAAGCCAAGGAGAUUCUGUAUGCUUCCGUGGCGGAUGGUCUGAAGGGCGAAGUGAAAGGUUCCCACACGCAGAAUUUCAAUCUCGUUAUCAUGUCUUUGGGCCAAGCUCGCGACCUCAGCGGCGCAGUUUCAGUCUACAAGGAGAUGAAAAAGUCGGGAGUUGCUCUCUCCGACCAUACUUACGCCGCCCUCAUUUACGCACUAUGCGGUACCAACAAUGAAGGGCUCGCCUUCGGCAUGCUCCGCUAUCUCAUGCCUAGGGAAGGCUUCAUGCCGACUUCCAUAAGCUGGUCCAUCGUGAUGAAGGCAUAUCUCAUCCGCGAGAGGUUUAGAGAGGUCGUCUGGAUGCACACUCACCUGCAGCGGACGAAUGUCAGGUCUGACAAGACGAUUGAACAGAUCUACCUCGAGGCGCGGACACAACUCGAGCUGAAAGCUGCAGGUUUGAGUGCUCCGAAGACAUGGAAAGGCAAUGGACCAGCUGUGCCUUUUGAGCGUAGUCGACCGGUAGCUGAGGAAAUGUUCCGUCUGAGUGAUUCUGAAGCGCGCACGAUAUGGCCCCCUAAAGAGCCGUCCGAUGGCGUCGAUGAAUCGUCUGAUCGACCUGCAUCCGGAGAGGAGAUCGAGACAGAAGAUCCGCCCGAGCCGGUCAGCGAACACCCAGAAAACACUCAACCCAUUUCCGCCGAUGAACCGUCAGCCGAAGUUCACUCCGCGACUGGUGAACAUUCGUUGGCAGAUGCCCAGUCCGAUUCGGCUGAUGAUGCGGUCGCAAAGACGCAACUGAAUGACGCUGCGGAAGUGCCAGCGAACGUUCGAUCUGAUACUGCUGAUAAGUCAGAUGGCGGUCUCUCGGACAGGACAAAACAAGAAGCGGAAGACAGCCAUUCUCAGGCCAACUCCGUAGUCGAAGAGUCCACCGAAGCAAAGCCGCCGGGCGGCGAAGUCUUUGGACCCUUCACGCUGGAGCAGUGGGAGCAGUUAGUGGAGCGGGUGACAGAGUCGAGGAGGCAAAUACGGUUAGCCGAAGUGCAGGAGGCUGAGGAGUUCGUGGUGGACUCAGUGCAGGACACGGCGGAUUUGCUACCUUUUGCAGACGGUUAUUCUUUUAGCAAAAACAGGCACGAUGUCAGAGCUGAAGCACUCCUGGCCAGGCAGCACUUCGACCACAUCCUCAAGGUCUACGGAGCCGAGAGGAGUCUCGAAGCCGCGAGGCAGUUGUUCGCUCGAUAUCUCGCUCAAGGUGUGGACCCUCCAAACGAGAUCCUUGCAUAUUUGAUGCGCGCUUUGAACAGGUUGCGCCAGCACAAGGAGGUCGAGUCUUGCUGGGAACUUGCCAAAGAGCAAGCCGACCGCAUGGUCGCGCCCGUCACGCUGCCCGUUCUACGACCUUUCGCAUCUCGAAGGGGCGAGGCGAACCGCACGACCUCUUCCGCCGAGUCGACACUGCACUCUUCCCAACCACAUCAAAAACCUGGAAAGUCAGGCUCCGUAGCCCAGACCAUCCAGGGCGGUCGUCGCCUCAUGCUCAGCCGCCCCGCCCUCUUCUACAUGAAGACCCUCGUCGACUCCGGCCGCAUCGCGGACGCCAUCAACCUCGUAACAAGCCUCAUCUCCGAAGGCUACAGCCUCGACAACAUGACCUGGAACGUCUUCAUCCGAUACCUCUGCUCCGGAACCCCGCCCUACACUCUGCUGGCCUUCCAACUCACCGAGCGCUUCCUGAUCCCAAACUUCCCAGGCUGGCUGGAUGAAUAUUGGCCGGUCCCCGACGAUCACGAACUCCGCACCGGCUUGCAACACAUCCGAGCGCGCUACAUCCGCGUCGACCACCUCAUGCCGCAAUACCAGACCUUCAUCUGCCUGAGCCGCGCCCUGCUCACCUUGCGUCGCGCGGAGUCCGUCGGCACGCAAUAUCUCGAAGCGCCCCAUCUCAUGGUGAAAGGAGUCAAUCUCGCGCGAUACGUCGGCCGUCUGAGACAGAUUCGCCAGAACGCCCCACGGACGCUUUACGCGGUGCAGUGCAUGCCAAAAUUGAACGACGAGUGGCAGAGGCAGUUGAGAAGGGAGGAUGAUGAUUUCGGGGACGAAGAUGGAUAUAUUCGUCCAAACCCUGGACCUUAUGCGUUUUAGAAACGGGGCAGGUUUUAGAGGAAACAACCACGACAUGGGUGUAACGAUUGUAUUACUACUACUGAAACGCCAUCUUGGCCACCAUCACCAACACCACGAUCGUUGUUAUGUUUUAGAUAUAUGUAUAGCGCGUUUUUGUGUAGCUUAGCGGGUUUGUAUUACUAUCACAUUUCUACAAUUCUCGAAUACUGGAAUACUUUUGUGAUCAUCCCAGUAAGGUGAAAUCGGCAUUUCUCCCCAAUCUAUCUCUACACAGCAUAAAAAUCUUCUACGUUCUCCUCCUCUUACCACCGCCAGCACCACCGCCCUCCCCACCAUCCUGAUUCCACCCCUU